AUGCAGGGGUCUGCAUGCACAGACUCGGUUGUCACAGCUGGGUUGUCGGAUCUGGUGGGUCCAUCUCCUAGCAGCUCCAAGCAUGUCUUGGUAAGCCCCAGUGCAGAACAGUAUGACAACCUUUUACGUCAGCUAGGAGAUCGGAUGGAUGAAGGACGAGGGGAGACGAUAUAUGUUAUUGGUCAAGGAUCUGAUGGUACAGAAUACGGAUUAAAUGAGGGUGAUAUGGAGGCAUCUGUGGCUACAGUAACUAGCAUGGGCGAACAGAUUGGUGCUGACAUGAUCCUCUUGCGAGAGCACCAAGAGGUUGGAGGCAAAGUACAAGACUACCUGGUGCGCAAGCGAGUGGGAGAUGAUGACUUCUUGGAAGUAAGGGUGGCUGUAGUUGGCAAUGUGGAUGCUGGGAAGAGUACACUUCUCGGUGUUCUGACACAUGGAGAACUCGACAACGGCCGUGGUUUUGCCAGACAGAAACUCUUUCGACACAAGCAUGAGAUUGAGUCAGGUCGCACCAGCAGUGUGGGCAAUGACAUCCUAGGCUUUGAUAGCCACGGACAUGUGGUAAACAAACCAGACAGUCAUGGAGGUAGUCUGGAAUGGACCAAGAUAUGUGAAAAGUCCUCAAAGAUCAUUACUUUCAUAGACCUUGCUGGUCAUGAGAAAUAUUUGAAAACCACAGUAUUUGGAAUGACGGGUCACUUACCAGAUUUCUGCAUGCUAAUGGUAAGAUCAAGCUUUGGUAAAUUCUGUUAUAGGGGGCAGAGCUGGGAGGAGGCGGGGAGUACGGAAGACUAUACUCUUCUACUCUUCUACUCCUCAAUGCAAGGCGAGGAAACAAUGACAUAA